CAACUUAUUAUAGUGUUUUAUUUGACUUUGAUGCUUUCUCUAUGUACAUCUCAUUUCAUCAAGUAAACUCACUCUCAAGUCUCAAGUUCAACCCCUCCUCAAUUUCAAUGCAAGCAAGCAGUAUCAUUUCAUUCAUUUGUUACCUUUUCUUUCCCUUCUUUUUAAGUCUCUCUACCAUCCACCACAAAGAAAAUCAUUCAAAACAGAAAACAAAAACAAAGGGUUUCUUUCAUCAGCUUUUUUUGGGUUGAGUUAUACUAUUAGUCUGUUGCUGUAAAGGCUCAUAAAUCUUCUGGUGGAUGUAAGUUUCCAUUGAAGAGUUGGAAAGAAGGUAUUAAUUAAGGAGGAACGGAGCGCUUUGGCAUUUGCAGUCCGGUGUUUAUUCUGCUCAAUGAUACUCAUUCAGGUCCCUCCUUCAUCAACAAAUUAAGGUUUUUGGGUUGAGUUGUACUAUUACUAUAAAGGGUUACAGAUCGUCUGCAGGAUCAAGUUUCCAUUGGAAGCUGGAAUGAAGGUUGUGAUUGAAGAGAUGAACAGAGCGCUUUGGCAUUUAAAACACAGUGUUUUUUUUGCUCAAUGAUAACCAUUUAGCUCCCUCCUUCAUUAACAAAUUAAGCUGUGAAAAGAUAUAUAUUCUAUGGAGAAGUUUGUUCAAGAUGCUAUAGAUGAUCUAGAGUCAAUCAGCCAACUUAUUGGGAGGGAACUCUAUGAAGUUUGGAGACUCAAGGGGCGGUUGAGAUGUGUGAAAGUAUUUUAUUUGUGUGGCAAGAAGUGGAGUGAAGAUGCGGGAUUGAACACUUCCUUGUGCACCAUGGUGGAGACCAUUCACAUACAUUCUCUAGAAAUUCUAAUUCUUUGUCUUAAAUUGAGGGAAGAUAAUGAUGCUUUCCUAUUAUCGAAGAGAUUGGAGGAUAUAGCUGAUGAAUUUAUUGGGAGAAUCAGUAAUUCAAUAUUUCCGGGAAUUGAAGAACUGCAUCAAAUGUUCUCAGAUAAUCCACUGCGAACAAACUCUUCUCCUGCAAUGGAAAUAGAGAAGGUUCUCGAUAUAAUAGAGUGUCUUCUUCAAAGUAUACAUGGUCUUUUUGAUUUAGAGGAUCUAGAGGCAACUGUAAGAUUCUGGAAAAAUUUCAUUCUGUUUGCCAGACUUCACGGACUUGGCCAUAUGCAGAUGGUAGAUUUUUUUAUUCACAUCGGAGGCUUGGCCGUGGAUGCUGCAUGUUUCAUUUUCAAGAACUGGUAUCGUAAUCGUAGUCUCGCUGACACUUCAAUUAGGUACAAACUUAUGAGAAGAAUGGAGCCCGAAGAAUUCCAAGUCUGCGGGAUUUAUGUUAGAGUCCUGCAAGAAGUUUUAAAAUUGCCGCCAGCUAAGCAUCCCACUGAAAGAAAUCAUGCAUUGAUGUCUGCAGAGUUUGUUGAUUCUCUCAGCUUUCUUCUUUUGACUCUAUUAUUCCGUGGUACCUUUUUUCUGGACAUCUUUCACCAUCAAAUGCAUAAACUACAUGAGAGACUAAGAUUCUUGAGCACCACUCUGAAAAAGCAUUGUGAUAACAUUGUUGAGCUACAUCAACCAACGCAUGGCCUUAUUGGACCUGUGAUUUGUAAGGGGGGAAUUAUAAUUUUCUAUCUCUUUCUACGAAAGGAAGAUGAAGUGAGCUUUUUUGAGAAAUUGGGGUUUUGUUUUUCGGAUUUUGAGGAAAACUUUAAGCUUAUCAAGGCAGUAGACAAAGAGACACCCGGAUAUCCACUAGCAUUAGCAUGUCCUCAAACAAACUUGUUGGGGUUUCUUGAUUUUGUCUCGGAGAAAGUGAAGUCAUUCAUUCUUCAUAAGGUUGGCUCACUAGGUGCUGCAGAAAAAGAUAAAUUUCAAACUUUACAAAAUGAUCUUGUUGUUUUAAGAUCUUUUUUGUUCGAUGUGGUUAAGCAGCGCGAUCAAGAUGAGAUGCUUCAAUCUCUCUACAGUCGCAUUGCUAAGGUAUCCUAUGAGAUAGAGUUUAUCCUUGAUUCUUUAGAGGUUGGAUGCUCUCUUAGAAGCUUUGAUAUGUUGCUUAAUAACAUCACACUAGAGAUUGAGCAUACUAAAGCCGAGGUCUCAGAAAUUUCUUUCAAUAGUAUAGGGCUGGCCAUUAAAGUCCAAGAUACUCCUAAAACUUAUAGUAAUGCGCCGUCAGCUGCUAAGAUCUUAGAAAUCAAUGAGCCUAUGGUAGGGUUGGAUGAUGAGAUACAAAUCAUAAUUGAUCGACUCACAAGAGGGACCAAACAGUUGGACAUAGUCUCUGUUGUUGGCAUGGCUGGGUUAGGUAAAACUACAUUAGCCAAGAAUGUUUAUCAUCAUGGCGCCAUCACCGCUCACUUUAAUAUUCGUUCUUGGUGCACUGUAUCUCAAGUAUACAGCAAAAGAAGUUUGUUGAUUGAGAUUUUAAGUGGUACGGGCUAUAGUUCUAUUGGCGAGGAUUCAAAAAUGAGGGAAGAUGAUUUGGCUCUUCUGCUCUACCAAAGUUUGAAGGGGAAAAACUAUCUUGUAGUCUUGGAUGAUGUUUGGGAUGCUGAAGUAUGGAGUAUCUUAAAAAUUUCAUUUCCAAAUGAUAAUAAGGGCAAUAGAAUUCUCCUCACCAGUCGACACGAGAAUAUGGCUUUGCAAAUCAAACCACACAGUGGAAAUCCUCAUCAACUUCGUUUGCGCACUGAUAUUGAGAGUUGGGAGUUAUUUCAGAUGAAGAUAUAUUUUGAGGAAUGUUGUCCGAUUGAAGUACUUGCUCGUGCGAAGGCAAUAUCACAACAUUGCAAGGGAUUGCCGCUGAUGAUUUUAGUAGUUGCUGGAUUUCUUUCGAAUAUGGAAACUGGUAUGUGGGGAGAAGUUGAAGACAUCCUAAGAGAAGGUAGUGGAAUAGUUACAGACCAGUGUAAGGAGACUCUUGAUUUGAGCUAUCGACAUUUGCCAAAUUAUCUGAAACAAUGCUUUCUCUACUUUGGAUUAUUUAAAGAAGACCUACAAAUACCCACUCGGGAAUUGCUACAGAUGUGGAUUGCAGAAGGUUUCGUAGAGAGAACCGAGAGAGAGCAGCAGUUAGAGGAUGUUGCGCAGGGUUAUAUGUUGGAGUUGAUACAAAGGAAUUUAGUAAUGGUCGCACAAACAGGAUCCAAGGGUAAAGUGAAAUAUUGCGUCCUCCAUGAUUUGUUGCAUGAUUUCUCAAGGGCAAAAGGUAUUGAAGAAAGCUUCAUGCAUCGAGUGCAUGGUCAUGAGCUUAAUACUUACACAGAGCCUGAUAUGUCUUACCGGUUGAGUGUUUAUCCCGAGGGAGUGCACGAAUUCAUGGAACCAAAAUUGCUAUGGCCUCGUUUGCGCACUUUGCUGAUCGAAAGUCAUGACAAAAUGUUUUCACAAGCACAUUGUUGGUAUGGUAUCAUAUACAACUUUUGCCAAUACAAACUUUUAAGGGUUUUGGAUUUAAGGAAGAUGGGUCGGUUUGUUUUCUUUCCAAGUGUAGUUCAACUACUCACUCACUUGAAGUUCUUGGCCUUCCAAGUUGCAUGUCUAUCAGUUAUGAUCCCACCAUCAAUUGCCAAUCUCUCAAAUUUGGAGACUUUCAUCGUCCUCGGUGGCAAGGAACUUUUGCUACCAAAUACCCUGUGGAAUAUGAGAAAACUAAAGCAUCUACAAGGACGUUCUCACUGGGUAUUGCCAACAGAGAUUGCUGAACACCUCUUCAAUUUAGAGAAUUUGCUGACUCUCUCCACUGUCAAAUUUUCUUGUGGCCUGACGAUGAUGAAAGAAGUAUUGAGAAAGUUUCCGAAUCUGCGCCGGCUAAAAUGCUAUCUCAAUCAGGAUGAGGUGCGCUCUAUGGAAGAUUCCUUAAUGCUGGAUUUUUUUAGUCAACUUGAAUCACUCUCUGUCUUGGGUAAUGGUCCAUUCCUUUGGACUUGUCAUCACUUUCCGAAUCAAUUUCAAUUUCCCCAGAACCUAAAGAAGCUUACCGCAUACUGUUUUUACCUUACCCAGAGUCAAAUUUCAACCAUUGGUGAACUACCAAAUCUCGAGGUUCUCAAGUUAGACCAAGUAAUGUUUACUGAUGACGAUUGGAACAUUGAAGAAGAGGGAACAUUCCUGAAACUCAAAUUUUUGAAAUUGAGGUUAAUGGCAUUAGAAAGGUGGACGGCCAUGGAUGACAAUUUUCCCUAUCUUGAGACGCUUGUACUGGAAUAUUGCAGGAAGUUGAAGGAAUUACCUUCAUGUUUAGCCGAAAGCUCAACUCUUCGGGUGAUUAAGGUAAUCGACUGUCCACAUGCCGCUGCUUCAAUCAAGAAGAUUCAUGAAAUGCAGAUGGAUUGGGGAAAUGAGGAUCUGAAGGUCGUUACAGAUUUUGAAGCGGAAGAAAUGAAUAAACAUCAAGAAAGUGAAGAUGAAGAGAGUGACCAUGAUGAUGAAGUUGAAAUUGAAAAUGAGGAGUGUGACGACGAUGACGAAGUUGAGAUUAAGAACGAUUGGUGAAUGAUGACGAGUCUCGUUCAACAAAAAAUUUUACUAGUACAAUAAACAACUAUCGAGAUUCGAGAAUGAACAACUGAUGUUUUGAGAGGGGUUAUUCGGGGGAGCUUUUUCUGAUCAAUUUUUCUCUGUGUGUGUCAUUUUUUUUUAAUUUCUUUUUUCACAUGGAAAAAGUCACUUCCUUUUCAUAAACAUGCUGCAAUUGCUGAAAAUAUACAGACGUUGAAAUAAUUUUCCAGUAUUCAUAGGAUUGAACAUAUUGCAAUUUGUUUUCCAGUUCUCUCUACUUGCUUUUGUAAAUUGGCUUUAGUUUUUGGGUUAUAAGUCAUUCGAUGUUCCUUCUAAUUUCAUGCAAAUUGGGUUCAUAACUCGAUUGACCUUAAAUAUUUUGGAGCUUCUCCAGCAAAAGAAUAAUUACAAAUGACUUGUGCAUUCAAAAUUGGAGAACAAUUGAGCGGAUCGCAACUUGUAACUACAAAUGCAAAUAAUAGAAUGGAAUGGAUCUCGAACCUUAAGUGGUUUCACUGCCUGUAUUUUUUCCAGGUUCAUGACAAUAGACAAGACUAUGUUUAGAUCAGUGUUGUCCGAUAUUAGCGUAUAUCAGCACAUUGGAAGAGAACUAGGUUUGCCUACUAAGACAUAUCUAGAUUGGCUAGAUCAUAUAAACAGAGUGUUCUGUUCUUUUUACAUACUGUUUUGGUUCUCAAGACAACAUUAGUCCUUCUCAGAUGAUGACAUUAGCCAUGGGAUUGGAAGAUCGUAGAAAACCGUUCAUUUGGGUGAUACAGUUCGUUAGUUUGAUCCCAAAAGGUGAUUCCAUAGCUGAAUGGUUACCAGAAAAAGGGUUUGAAAAAAGAAGAAAAACAAUCAAACAUGGAGUUGUUAGUGCAUCAAUGGCCAAUUGGAGAUUUAGAGUCACAAAUCAACUGCAGCAUUUUAAAGCCAUUCUGGAUGGUAUUCACUAAUUCAAAGACGUAUAUAAAGGGGACUGCAAACGAAUGUAGUACCAGAGAUGCAGAGAAGGUCAUACAAAUGGCUCUUGAUAAAGAAGAAAAUGGACCCGAAAUGAAGAAAAAAGGCAUUUGGGUUUAUAUUUGUAUUUUAAACUCAUCUUCUACCUGAUAAAGAAUUCCACGAGUAUGCUUAAAGGCUGUCGUUUUCUAAAACUUUGGAGGUUCAAGGAUUUAUUUUUUACUAGAAUGUGGUUAGUAAAUGUUUAUUAAUCACUAAAUUCAGUUAAAGAUUGAGUUAUUAAGAGGUACCAACAAUGAUAACUAAUUUGCAUAUAAGUCUUUUGAGUAUGUUAUUGCAUCUACAUCAAGUGUUUAAAACAAGUUUGCAAUAAAAUUUUUCAAAUGGAGUUUUUCUAACCAUUUGUUUGCAUCAUUUUUAGCUAUCAUCUUUUAUUUUGAUCUUAAUUUAGUGUAAAACUCAAAAUCCCCCAUUUUCCACUUUAUUUAAAAGAAAGAAAUGCAACAUUCAAUGUAGAGAUAACAUUGCUUUCCUAUACCACAUUUGUAUGAACAUAGCUUAAUUUUAUUUGUUGGCCUGACACUCACCAGUGGUCAACAAUCACAAGCGAUGGGGUCAAGUAAGCAAAUUUGCCACACGUUAGAACUCUGCCGAUCUCCUUAAUAAUUGAAUGAAGAGCCGAUCAAGCCAAAUCCUUAUAAGCUGGAUGAGGGUUGAAGAAUUUUAGGAGGAGAAAGAGAAACCAGUGGGAUGACCAUAAGGAAUCGAUGAUGAACAAGAACGGC